AUGAAGAAAGAUAGCUACCUAGCAAGACUGGUGAAAUCUCCGGUUCGUUUCUUGAUCAUGGCACGUGACGCCUACAUACGUAGUAUGACAUCAUGCUCCGCUGGUUACAUUCGUGGUGGUGGUGGCUCCUGCGGUUUCGGUUUGCCUCCCGGUAAUUUCCACAUCUACGAAGAACCAAGCACCACUCUCCCUCGUAGCUUCACACUAAACUCGUCCACGACAACGACUGCGACACGUGAACGCUACCAGUUUGUCUCAAACUACUCACGUGGCGGUGGAGGAGAAAUAAAGGCGGUUAGACGACCGUUGGAUCUCCAAAGAAACUAUAGCUGCAUGGUGAUGGGAAGGAUCGAUGAAGAUAAGGCUUGUGAUAAGUUUGAAGAAGAAAAUUUGCUAUUUGAUCAAUUUAAGAGACGAAAUGUCGAUGGAGUUUUUACUAUACUUCAAAGAUGA